GUGUGUGUGUGUUUAUCCAUGCAUCUGCUCGCCUGCCCGGUUGCUGUGUAUGUUGGAUGCAUGUAUUCGGGUGAUACUCCCUCCCGGACGCAGAGAAAAGGGCAGUGGACGGACACAAAGCCAACAGUGCUGGGACAUCACAGAAAGAGACAGGAGGCUUUGGGAAGUUUGAGCGCCAAAAGGGGGGCGGCGUGCGUGUCGGUGCCAGUUGAUAGCCUUCCUAUCAUGGUGUCACAUGAAGACGGAGCGGGACAAAAACACAGAUGGAGAGACCUCGGCUGAGGACAUGCACUUGACUCUUCUGCUCUCAACUUUGCUGUCUGCUCCCAUCAUUUCCUUCUCUUUGCUCUCACCAACCUAUUAUCCUGUUCUCCCGCUAACGUCAGAUUCUCUUUCUGUCAAACGUUCUUUAGUGCUUUUUUGAUAAUCAUCGCUGCUUUUUCUUCCUGCUUCAGCUUCUUCCUACCUCCCUGACGAAGCCUUUUCUCUUCAACUAAUCCUCUUUUUUGACUUUCUCUCCAAUAUCUCCUCAUCUUUUGGAUGGAUAGCUACUCCCUUCUCUACAGUUCCUCCCACAGAACCGGGCUCCUCUCCGGCUUCCAGCGGCUGCGCUCCCAGAGCAACAUGUGUGAUGUCGUCCUCGAGGCCGGCGGUGUAUCCUUCCCUUGUCAUCGCGCCCUUUUGGCCAGCUCAAGCGAGUAUUUUUGGGCUCUGUUUGGAGAGACUACCGCCGAGAGAUUAGCGGGCCGCAUCAGCCUCCCGGCGCUAACACCUGAGGGUUUAGACGCCAUCCUAGACUUCCUGUACUCCGGCUGGCUCAGUGUGUCGCCGUUAACACUUCCUGUCGUCCUUGAGGCUGCCAGGUACUUGCAGGUGGAGACGGCUGUUUCGAUAUGCGAGCGCUUCAUGAUUGACGGUUUAAGUGCGGAGAACUGCUGUUGCUAUGCUAACCUGGCCGAGCACCAUGUCCUCUCUGAUGCACUUGAGGCUGCCAAUCAAACCGUCUCUAUGGAGAUGGGGACAUUGCUGCAGGAAAGCAGGGACGACCUCAUAAAGCUGAAUAUCCAAUCACUGACGGCGGUGCUGGACGCUGACGAGAUACCGGGCGUCAAAGAGGUGGAGCUCAUAAAGCUGGCUCUGGAUUGGCUGGAUGCGAACGGGCCCCUCCCCCUGCUGAAGUCAAAUCUCCUGCUGAGUCGUUUGCGCUUCGGAUUGGUUGCUACCUCUGAGCUCAACAAUCUAAGCCACGCCCAUAGAGCCAUGGCCACACCUCUCAUCAGAAGCCAGCUGACUCGAGCGCUGGAGUACCACCGCCUGGGUCCAGCUCAGCCAAUCAGACAGAGCAAACAGACGACACUCAGAGCGUCGCCAAAUCGGGUGCUGCUUGUUGGUGGAGGAUCAAGUGCUGAUUCGCCGGAACCACAGAUGGUGGCGUUUGAUCCCAGAGGCAGGAAGUUUUCAACUCUAACUUCCAGCAUCCCGCUGCGGCUGAGAAACCACUGCGUGUGCUCGGUGGGAGGUUUCCUCUUCGUGAUUGGAGGAGAUGAAGUGAAAGAAGGAGACGAGGAUGGGAAGAAGUCCAUCACUGUGGCAACAUCCAAUCAGGUGUGGCGCUACGACCCUCGCUUUGACCACUGGGAGGCGGUGGAGUCCAUGCUGGAGAGGCGGGCGCGGUUCACCUGCUGCAUAGUGGAGGACGCUAUUUAUGCCAUCGGGGGACGACACACGCAACCAGACACCAACACGCACACGCCUGUAGCUUCUGUUGAAUUCUACAACAUGACCACAGGAGCAUGGAGGCGAGGAGCAAACAUGCCACGCCCCCUUUACGGCCACGCUUCUGCCAUUCUUAAUAACAACAUCUACGUGUCAGGUGGCAACCAGAGUGGCAGUAACCAUGGUGAUGACCACAGAGAGGGCAGCAGAGAGUUCCUGUUCUGGGACCUCAAAAGCCGAGUCUGGGAGAAGCGAGCGCCCAUGUCCAUCGCCAGGUUCAGCCACCGGCUGGCGACCGCACACGGACACAUCUACGCCCUGUUGGGAAUGUACGAGCCUUUCUGCGACAUCGAACGAUACGAUCCGCAGUCAGACCACUGGACCCGCCUCCGACCGCUCCUCACAGGCUCCUUCAACUACGGGAUGGUGUCGACGCCAUCGGGGAAUCUGCUGGUGUUUGGAGGGAGGAGGUGGAGCGAUGGACGGGAGGUGAUAGUGAAGAGCGUGUUGGAGUACGACACAAAGAAAGAUCAAUGGAGAGAGAUCUGCCAGCUGCCCAGACCUCUCACUGGGACUGAGUGCACGCUGCUGCCUCUGCCAGACUAAUGAGCACAUGAAAGUGAAAUAAUUUCAUUCAUCGAUCAAAAAAAGUCUCAAAAUGCUGAGAACAGAACAAAGGUUCAAAUGGUGACGUGGCAAUAUCAUAAAUUCGAAGCUCAAUUUUUAUGCGUUUGUCAUAUGAACAGCAGUGACGUUUAGAGAUCUAAAACAACUGUUUUAGUCAUGAAAUCACUGUUUCUAGUCCCAUCUCAGUAGAGGAGAACAGAUGUGCAUUAUUCCAGAAUAUUUAGGCAAAUAUUUCAAGUAAGAGUUUUUGAAUCCAGGGCCUACUCUAUUACUACUUGACUGUUUGACAUUUUGGGAAAAAGUAUUAUUCUUUCUCACUUAAUUAGAUGAGAAAAUUGAAACCACUCUUAAGAUUCUCACAAUCACCAAUAUUUUCUUAUUUGGUAUUUGUUCUUAGGUCUAUGAACACAAGAGGACUUUUGUGAUGCAUUUUGGGCUGACGCUAUUACUAGUCCGGUACUCCAUCUUCUAGACUUUCAUUUGGGCAUUAUUGACUUUUCUUCUUCAGUUUCAGCAGUGUCAUAUCUUUUUAUAUGUACUAGCAGGUUAUUUACCUUUGCUUAUUAACAUAAACUGGCAUGUGCUUUCAACUAACAAGAACAAUGGGCUUCAUUUUCAUAAGAAUGCAAUAACAAUUUUAGAUUAUUAUUUGUGAAUGAGGCCCAAUUUUCUCAUCUAACAACUUUAUUUAUGCGCUUAAUAAGAGACUACAAACAGAAGACAGACAGCGCUUUAAACACAAGACCUCCCAUAACACCACAGACAUCAGUUUUACAUAUCAGAUUUUGUAUUAAUUAAAUAAAUCGGAUGUUAAUUUGUGAAGUUCGUAAGCACUUUUUCCCUUUAGAUAAAGUCAAUAGCAAAUUCCCUGUUGGCAGUCUUUAUGCUGAGCUUAGUUGACUAUAUUCUGGUUUUUGCUAAUGGACAGAGAGGUAGGGAUCUACUUAUUCACCUCUUGGGAAGAAUAAUUUAAAAAACACAUAUCAAAACCACAAAUAACAAGCUAAAGGGUAAAUGUUGUUGUCUGUUUUGUUUGAGUUUUUUUAAUUGCAUGUCCCUGUCUGAUCACUCACUGAUCUGACAGAAAAAUAUGCAAUUUAACUCUUUAGCUUUGUCUUUCUAUCACUUAGAACAGAUACAGUUAUGGAGAGCUAAUUACAAACAUGCACCACUGAGAAGUGAAAAACAUGUUUUUUUUGUCAGCGAUAUUCCUGUGACCGAAUGUGUCAAUGUUCUAAGGCGAAACAUAAAACAAGAGCUAAGGAGGGAGAUAAAGGGGAUUUUGAGAACAAUAGCGGGAGGUAAAGAGAUUUAGUGGGACGAAGGUAAUUCCUGAACAAAUGAGUUUUCAGGAAGAGGUUGAGCCGGGCUGCGGAGGAGGCUAUCACACAUGAGAGGGAAAAGAGAAGAAGUCAAAACAGGAGAUAAGGUGAAGAAGGUGGAGGAGGACAACUUUGAAAUAUAACAGCAAGGCUAAGCUGAAUAUUUUAUGGAAGAUAAAAGUUAGAUGCAUGUGACAUUCCUGUUUAUUUAGGUACUGGUGGUGAAUAAUUUAAGUUUUCUAUAAGAAAAGCGAAGCAAGGAUAUCGACUGACCUUUUUUAGGUCUUGUUUUCCAUCUGCACUGACAACCAAAAGGACAAAGUAGGUUAAAGCUGCAGAGCAGAAAAAGUAUUAGCGGGAAUCAUAUGCAUGAUUUGUGGGUAAUAGCUACGUAACCUGCUGGAGUUAAUUAUUCAUGGACUGUCGUGCUUACCUCCAUUUAAUCCUGAAUGUGUACUGUCUGCAAAAUUAUUUAUUUAACAUGUUUUAUUAUGUUUCAAGGAAAUACUGGAUGCAAAAUUGAUUGGUUGCCCAAUUAUACCGUAGCGAUUAUUAUAAAUGAAAAUACGUAUGGAAAAGUUCUAAACUUAAACAUAAAGGCGAAAUAUUUUCGAUAUAAAUCAUGGCGAGUGGAUUUUUCAGUUGCUCAUUACUGUCAAAACAUUCAGAUUUAAUGCAGAUUUUGUCGCAGCAUUGUGCAGUUAAACAUUCCUAUUGGUAAUUAUCAUGAAAUAAUGACUAUGUAAAAUAAAUACUGAUUUAAAAAAUCACGAGCCUCUACAGAAAAAUCUGAAAAUAAUCCAUCCAUAAAUAUAUCUGUUCUAUUACCAUUAAGAACCAAUAAAACUGA